AUGGACUUCCAUCUGGUACCACGAGGAAUAGACCGAAAUUACACAGGUUUCUUAACCAAAACGAUUGUCUACACAGGCACCCUGGUGGUAUUUCUAGCAUCGUUCGGAUUGACGGUCAGCGCUAUCGUCAUACCGAGAUGGGUCAGCUAUCAUAGCGAAAAGCCUGCCCACCACUUUUCCUACGGUCUCCACCGCCGCUGCUCCUCUCUAUCCGAUACAUGUGAGAGUUUCCCCGCCCGCGAAGACUGUCAUGGUGAAGACCGAUAUUUCUGCUCCAUGUGGCGGUCUGUUGGAUUCUUGAUGUCCUUUGCUGUCGUGUUGCAGGGUAUGAGUAUCGUCACAUACCUGAUUAUACUGGCGGGAGGGAAGCGGCUUCGGGAAACUGGGUGGCGUGUUCUGAGUAUCUUGAUUAUAUUGUCUGCUGUUAUUCAAGCAGCGAGUAUGUCGCUUGUGGCGUAUCUCUUUGAUAAUGAGGACCGGUUCUUCGUUGGAUGGCAGCUAGAUGAGUCUUGGAUGUUUUGCACUACGAGCUGGUGUAUUGGUCUGAUUUGCGCUGGCGCGAUCAUUGUUGCGGCUCAGAUUUUGCCUUCUGAAGGUGGGUAUGAACUUAUUCCUGAUCAUGAUGAUAUUAGGGUUUCGUCGUGA